AUGAGUCCGGAGGGCGACACCCCCAGCCCGCACGCCCGCCCCCUCCCUCCUUAUGAGAGAGAGCGAGCGGCGGCGCCCGAGCCACACUGCGCCGAGCCCGCUCCCCGCAGCCACCUCCGGCCGGGAAAGGAGGGAGGGAGGGGAGGGAGGGAUCCCGCCCGCCCGCCCGCCCUGCGCGGGGCGCAGGAGCCUGGGGGCGCCGGGCACCGGAGCUGCGCCCCGGGCGGGCGUAGCAGGCAGAGGUGGGGCCCCGAGCCGGGGCGCACGGCGCUGCCCCGGGGCGCCCUAGGGGGCCUCAGCUGGGGCGCGAUGCAGAGACCCGGAGGCGGCAGCGGAGCCGGGGGCAGCGGCGGGAGCCAGGGCACCGCCUUCUCCAUCGACUCCCUCAUCGGGCCUCCCCCGCCGCGCUCGGGCCACUUGCUGUACACCGGCUACCCCAUGUUCAUGCCCUAUCGCCCGCUGGUCCUGCCUCAGGCUCUGGCCCCCGCGCCCCUGCCCGCGGGCCUCCCGCCCCUCGCACCGCUCGCCUCCUUCGCCGGCCGCCUCACCAACACCUUCUGCGCGGGGCUGGGCCAGGCCGUGCCAUCCAUGGUGGCGCUCACCACCGCGCUGCCCAGCUUCGCGGAACCCCCCGACGCCUUCUACGGCCCCCCGGAGCUGGCUGCCUCCCGCAACAACCCGGAGCCCGGCGCCCGGCGCCCGGAGGGCGGGCUGGAGCCCGAGGAGCUGCCGCCGACCCGAGAGAAAGUAGCAGAGCCCCCCCCACCGCCUCCUCCGCCGGCGCCGCACUUCUCCGAGACUUUCCCAAGUCUGACGGCGGAGGGGAAGGCGUACAGCUCCGAUGAGGAGAAGCUGGACGCGCCGUCGGGGGAGACGGCCGGCAGCGAGCCCGAGGAGGAAGGCUCGGGCGGCGGCGACAGCGAGGACGAGAGCUUCCUGGACAGCGCCGCUGGGGCGGCCGCCGCCCUCCUGGGGCCCAAGCCCAAGCUCAAGGGCGGCCUGGGGCCCGGGGCCCUGGACGGGCCUGCGGGCGCGCCGGCCCCGGGGGGCAAGAGCCGGCGGCGGCGCACGGCCUUCACCAGCGAGCAGCUGCUGGAGCUCGAGAAGGAGUUCCACUGCAAGAAGUACCUGAGCCUGACGGAGCGCUCGCAGAUCGCCCACGCGCUCAAGCUCAGCGAGGUGCAGGUCAAGAUCUGGUUCCAGAACCGCCGCGCCAAGUGGAAGCGCAUCAAGGCCGGCAACGUGAGCAGCCGCUCGGGGGAGCCCGUCAGGAACCCCAAGAUCGUGGUGCCCAUCCCCGUGCACGUCAACCGGUUUGCCGUGCGCAGCCAGCACCAGCAGCUGGAGCAGGGCGCCCGCCCCUGAGGCCCCGCCCGCCGCCGCCCCCCGGGCGGGGACCCGGUG